UUUGUCCCCCAUUUUUGGCUCUGCCAAAUUGCCACCUCUUCCCUUCUCUCCUCUCUCGGGGGAGAGAGAAGACGAAGAAGAAAGGAAAGAAAGUAGCAGCCAAACAAAGCAAAGCAUAUUCAUUUUAUUUUUAUUUUUAUUUUUCUUUUGGUAGAUAAAAAACAAAAAAAAAAAAAAAUCGAACUCUCUCACAAUCUCUCCUCCUAGGGUUUCCAUUUCCGCCAUUGCAGCUCUUCCUUUACCUUCACUGACCUUCACUUCCACUCACAUUGCCUCGGGAUGGGCGCAUUGUUUUGAGAACUAAUUCGAAUUCUUAUAUAUCUUCGCAUUUUAAGGGUUUUCUUCGAGAUAUUUUUUGUAUAGAUCGAGUGUAUAGAUUCGGAGCUAACUUGUUGUCUCAAUGGUAUGCUCUAUUGGAAGUGGUAGAAUGGCCGUUAUGGCUAGGCUUCUUGAAGCUGGAAGCAUCUCGCCGAAUGUAGCAGAAGUUGGCAAUAAAAAAUUAGCUGCUCAAUACAUUUACAGAGAAUUACGUGGAGCAGAUGAGGCAAAUUUACUUGAUGAAGAAGUGAUCAAUAUAAAUGUUGUGUUCAUUGUUUGUGAUGGUCUGUUGAUUUUUCUCCCAUAGAUAUGCAUGUCUUUGGUUUGAAGCCCAUGGCUGACCCUUUGAAUUUGAUUGCUGAUUAUCUUAAAUCAAUAAAGAAAUUCCCUAAACAAUGAGUCCUACAUAGGCUUCGCAAAUGUAUGGUUAAAAAUGCCAGCAAGAGUUGCAACCUUGUCACACGAGAAUGCUCACCAUGUUUCUUGCCUUCUACUUUCUUGGUAUGUUGUAAUGCAUGUAAGAAGCCAGUCAAGGCCAGUCAAUAUGCUGCUCAUGCAGAACUCUGUAGGUCAUUAAAAACCACAGAAGAUACUAUUUUGGAGCUUGAUGUUAGUACAGGGCAUAGGAAACCUCCAAGGAAGGAAAGGAAGAAGUCACUCGCUGCUUAUGCUAACCAACCUACACCAGUUGGGGAGCAGGAAAGAUCUGAAGUUAUUGAUGCUGAUGAUCCUAUAGCAUCAGAAUCCCACAUGGAUGGGCAAAUUAGAAUGACUUCUUCCUUAACCAUUGAUGCAAAAAGAAAUUCAAGUUGUGUCGAUACAACAUAUGUUAUGGAUGGAUCAGGAGCUAAUCUCCAGAAUGCGGAUCACUCGACCUCUGUAGUGCCACCUUCAACAAAACGCUUUAAAUUGAUAGUUGGUUGCCUACCUCUGCCGGAUGACCCAAAUACAGCUUCUGGUGUGACAGAAAUUCUAGAUACUCAUGGCCUAUAUUCCUCUAGGGACUCUCCAGUAGAAACAGUUUCUGACACUGAAACAGCUAAUGAUAGGCAAGUCCAUGAACACUGCCUGCUGACAAAAGAUAUUCCAAUUCCUCUUAGUAGCAAAAUCUAUUACUCUCAAAGAAGCAGCCGUCUUCGUACAGCGCUUAGUCAUCAGUACUUUGUCACAUCAGCCAAAGAACUUUGCAGUGACUUUAUUAGUAGGCAAGAAUCACAGCAAAACACGAUAUUGUCACAGGCUUCAUCCCAGGGGGACUGUCCUCUCGAACAGGUGGAUAAUCUGCUUAUCAAGAAGCAAGACGCUUCUAUGCAGAAACCUGAUCAAGUUCUUGGUCAAUGUUCAGAAGUAUGUCUGAGUAUGCCAGGCUGCCCACCAUCCAAUGACUUUUCGAGUCAGCAUCUAAUUGAUGAUAUUCCAAAGCCUCUGGCUGCUUCUGUUGGAUUGAUGAGAAGCAAAUACAUUUCCAAGCCUUAUUCUUUUACAGGCAACUCAGGUAGUCUAUUAGCUUCGUUACGUUAUUGUUCAAAUUGUGAUAAUCUUCUUUAUGAAUCAUCUGCCAGCUCUUAGCUUGAGAGGUUUUUUUUUUCUGCAGGCAAAUUGCUGGGGCCCAUGCAGCCUCCAAAUGGAAGUGUUCCUGUUGUAUAGAAAGUCGAGGGUUGGAUUUUUUCUAAGCAAAGGUGUAUUUAGCUAGCCAUACAUGAGAGUUAGGAUCCAUUUUUGAAAACCCAGAAAAGCAUAUCCUUCAAUUGUUCAUUCCAGCCUACCGAAUUACACUUAUGACACCUGCCCCCUGUUUAUAUUUUGAUGGAAAUGAAGUAAUUAUCUUUUAAUUGCUAUUGCUAGUAGGGCCAUUCGUGCUCUGCAUCAUGCUUUUAUUUUUUUCCCUUUUAAUACCAUCCUUUCGUAUCGUGGUAGUAGAUCCAUUAUUAUUUCUGGAUUUCAACCCAGAUUCCCAGAUCCGGGGCCGAGUCUAAUUCUCCCACUUGAACAAGACCGACACACGUAAAAGAAGGGACUUAAAUCAGGAUUUGAGUUCAAGAUUAAUAAGAUCUGAUUAUCUCGUAUUAUUUUGCAGCUAUAUGUAUGAACUCCGAAGAAGCCGCCAAGGAAGUAUAAUAUUUGGCUAUUAGGUUUCAGGAUGUGUUGAUUAUAUUGCGACACAGCCCAUGAUAGC